UACACUGUUAUUGAAAAUCAAUGUUUUCGUUAUUCACACAAAACUUUCGUUUAGUGAAAGGGACAAAUGGCAGGAAUCGGUCAUUCUUUAGAUGAGAAAGGCCCUAGAAAAGUGUUUUGUCUACAACAUAAAACAGAAGAAGUAAUCUUUUUCUGCAAUAUAUGUGAAAACCUUAUUUGUCGAGAUUGCAUUAAAGAAUUCGCUCACGAACACAAUCGGGAAUCAAAAAGUGAAGAGUCUCAGUUUAUAAAAUUCAGCGAAAGAGUUUCAAAAUCCAAGAUAUCAUUGCAAAAGUAUUUAGAAAAUGCAAAAAAUGAUCGACUUCCUAAAUUACGAGAAAAUCUGACUAAAGUUAAAGAAUUGAAGGAAAAUAAGAAAGCAACUAACAUACAGUUGAAGAAACAAAUAAACGAACGAGCAGAUGCAAUGAUUCGAGAAAUAAAUGAUAUCCGAUCGAAACUUCUCGUAGAGAGUGACGACAUUCAGCUUGAAAAUGACAAAGUGCUCACUGACAAGCAGUUUACUAUUGAAGAGCAUAUAAAUAUGUUUGAAAGAUCUCAAGUUACAGGAAAGAAGUCGUUGGAGAAAGGUAGUGAACAAGAAAUCAUCUACGAAGAAAUCAAAGUACGCGAUUUUAUCAAAGAUCGAGAGCCUCUUGAUGUUGAAGACUCUGUUGAUUCUCCAAAAUAUGUCGUGGGAGAUACCGAUUAUAUUGUCAUCAAGCAGAUGAUAGGAAAUGUUUUUUCCAAGACAAAGAAAGAACCAAAAAAAACGCAGACCAAGUUUGAAGUAACUGCUAUUCCAUUUUCGUUCGGAGAUAUUGAUAUUGAAGGUAUUUGUCCAAUCAGUAAAGACAAAACAUGGGUUCACCCAAGGAAAUCAAACAAAUGUUUCCUCGUAAAUCGAUACGGUGCAAAAGAUACUGAUAUGGAUGUCGGAUUUAGCAUUACAAGUUUUGCGCUUUGUCCCAAUGGAGAUUUAUAUUUAUCGGACUAUACUAACCAAAACAUUAUGCUCCUGAAACCAAAAACGAAACCUAAAAUGGUAUACAGUACAGCUACGUCUAGGUUGUUUCCGGUUGGCAUUUGCCUGUGCAAGAAUGGAGACAUAUUAAUGUGUCAGGUGGAUGAAUACACUUACAAGGCAAACGACAAGAGCAGACGAAUGGUGCUGCGCGUGUCCGACAAAUUCAAGAAACAACUUCAGAUUGACAGAGCCAAGGAUGCUUCCCGAUAUUUUGUAUUACCUGAAAUCGUUGUUGAAAAUAAAAAUCGAGAUAUUUGUGUUCUUAACCGAACUGACACUAAAACGGGAAAAGUAAUGGUCUUCAACGACGAUGGUUAUUUAAAGUUUAACCACUCAAAAUCCAAAGGACCAUUUAAUCCAACAGGAAUUUGUUGUGACAGUGAAGCAAACAUAAUUAUAUCAGAUGCAGCAAGUCACUCCGUUUACAUACUUGCACCUGAUGGGAAAUUCAUACAAGACUUUGCUCCGAGUGAAAUUAGCCCUACGAUUCCAUGCACCAUAGCUAUUGAUUCUGAAAACAAACUAUGGGUAGGAUGUUUUAAUGGCAAAGCUUUUGUUAUUAUUUUCCGUAAGCCGAUAGAGCUUUGAAGCUUCUUUUUGUACGUUUCUUUCUGUCAACUUUACGUUUGUAUUAAUAAAAUUGUUAAAAAUUGA